AUGCUCCUCUCCGACCUAGGCGCUGAUGUGAUCAAAGUAGAAAACCCCCUCACCAACGGCGACGACACGCGUUCCUGGGCUCCUCCAGGUGCUACCAGUCUCCCCUCUACCAAGUUCCCUUCUUGGGUAUCUCCAGAAGAGAAGAAGCGCUGGGAGUCUUUACCGGAUGAGAGUGCUUACUUCCUCUCUGUGAACAGGGGCAAACGAUCACUCACGCUUGACUUCAAGUCCCCCGAAUCAAAAGAGGUCAUGCGUCGCUUGAUCCAAUCGGCAGAUGUAGUCAUCGAGAAUUACCUACCGGGAAAGUUGGACAAGAUGGGAUUGGGAUAUGAACAGGUCAAGGCGAUCAAGGAGGAUGUGGUCUAUGCUAGCUUGACCGGAUAUGGACAGACGGGACCUUAUGCGAAUGCGCCGGGUUACGAUGUCAUUAUUGCUGCCGAUGCGGGCUUCUUCCACAUUACUGGCUACCCGGACCGUCCUGGGAUCAAGUGCGGUGUUGCCAUCACCGACCUCACAACCGGCCUGUACGUCCAUGGCGCUAUCCUCGCCUCUCUCCUCGGCCGCACCAAGACGGGCAAAGGAGUACACAUCGACUCCUCCCUCUUCGACUCUCAAAUUGCUUCGCUCGCAAACGUGGGAUCUUCUUACCUCGUUGCUGGUAAAGAGGGAGGAAGACACGGGACUGCCCACCCGAGCAUCGUUCCCUACCAGGUCUUCCCCACGCAAGACUCCUUCUUGAUGGUCGGAGCAGGCAACGACGGUCAGUUCCGUCUGCUAGCAGAUACACUCGGCCAUCCUGAUCUGGCUUCCGCAAGCGGACGAUACGCAACAAAUGGUGCGCGUGUAGCGAAUCGGGAGGAACUGAUCCCUCUUCUGUCGGGUCUGUUCUCGCAGCAGCCCAACGCUUACUGGCUGCAGCGCCUCGAGGGUCGUCUGCCAAUCGCGCCGAUUCGGAAUAUCCAGCAGACCUUCGAGCAUCCACAGGCCGUUGCGAGGGGGAUCGUGAGCGAGAUGGAGCACCCGAGGAUAGGAAAUCUCAAAGUCGUUAGUCCUGCAGUAGUGUAUGGACAGGGGAGAAUGCCCCUCACACGCCCACCUCCUGUGCUGGGGCAGCACUCUUACGAAGUGUUGCAAGAGCUAGGGUAUUCGGAUGGGGAGAUGGAGGGGAUGGAGAAGGCAGUUGGUUUUGUGCCAAGGCCGCCGGUUGCUGCUUAG